AUCUGGACCUGUGAGAUAUUUUGAGGAUAGUUGGCUCCUUGGUGGGAUCGGUUGGGUAUUGAGGGGAAAGGCUUUGAUCUGAGGCAGCCCCCACAUUCCAGCCCUGGAUCAAACGACUGCUGGCUUGCAUGUUGUCUGUCUCUUUUGGGGUGGGGGUCCCUCCAGUAACCUCUGGUUGUGGCCCAGAUUCCAGUACUUCCUUCAUCCUGUUUGCUCUUCCCAGGUCAGGUUCUUCUGGAAAGAGAAGAGGCGCACAGAGGUGGCUGGUUCCCAGAUGCUGUAGACCCCCAUGAACACCAUGGCGGAAGCCAGACUCCAAACCCAGCAGAAAAGCAGCCAGGAUGGUCAGGAGACCAGCCUGUGGUCCUCAGGCUUUGGGAUGAAGCUGGAGGCUGUCACCCCAUUCUUGGGAAAAUACCGCCCCUUUGUGGGUCGCUGCUGCCAGACCUGUACUCCUAAGAGCUGGGAGUCCCUCUUCCACAGAAGCAUAAUGGACCUCGGCUUCUGCAAUGUGAUCCUGGUGAAGGAGGAAAACACCAGGUUUCGGGGCUGGCUGGUUCGGAGGCUCUGCUAUUUCUUGUGGUCACUGGAGCAACACAUACCACCCUGCCAGGAUGCCUCACAGAAGAUCAUGGAAAGCGCUGGGGUGCGGAAUAUCAUCUCAGGGAGGGCCCCGGGAGGGGCUGGGGAAGGCCAGGUGCCCAGCCACGUGAGGAAAGAGGUACAGCGCAUCUUGGGCCACAUCCAGGCCCCGCCCCGCCCCUUCCUGCUCAGGCUAUUUAGCUGGGCACUGCUGCGGUUCCUGAACUGCCUCUUCCUGAACGUGCAGCUGUACAGGGGCCAGAUGAAGAUGGUCCACAAGGCUGCCCAGGCAGGCUCGCCGCUCGUCUUCCUCUCUACCCACAAGUCAGUCCUGGAUGGCAUCCUGCUGCCCUUUGUGCUGCUCUCCCAGGGCAUGGGUGUGCUCCGUGUGGCUUGGGACCCCCGCACCUGUUCCCCCAUCCUCAGAGCUCUGCUGAAGAAACUUGGGGGGCUUUUUCUGCCCCCCGAGGCCAACCUCUCUCCGGACAGCCCUGAGGGGGUUCUUGCAAGAGCUGUGGUCCACGCGACUGUGGAGCAGCUGCUGGCCAGCAGGCAGCCCCUGCUCAUCUUCCUGGAGGAGCCCCCUGGGGCUCGGGGGCCUCGGCUCUCAGCUCUGGGCCUGUCCUGGCUGGGCCUGGUGGUGCAGGUGGUCCAGGCAGGCAUCGUCCCAGACGCUCUGCUUGUGCCAGUGGCUGUCACCUAUGACUUGGUUCCAGAGGCACCCCAUGAUACGUGCCACGCCUUGGCCCCGCUGGGGCUGUGGACAGGUGCUCUGGCUGUUCUGCGGAGCCUGCGACGCUGGGGCUGCGGCCGCCGAGUCUGCGUCCGUGUGCAUCUGGCCCAGCCCUUCUCCCUGCAGGAAUACACCAUCAGUGCCAGAAGCUGCUGGGGCAGCAGGCAGACCCUGGAGCAGCUGCUGCAGCCCAUCGUGCUGGGCCAGUGUACUGCUGUCCCCGACACGGAGAAGGAGCAGGAGUGGACACCCGUAACCGGGCCCCUUCUGGCCCUCAGGGAGGAGGACCAGCUGUUGGUCAGGAGGCUGAGCUGGCACGUCCUGAAUGCCAGCGUGGCGAGCUCUGCGGUGAUGAGCACGGCCAUCAUGGCGACGCUGCUGCUGUUCAAGCACCAGAAGGGCGUGUUCCUGUCGCAGCUCCUGGGGGAGUUCUCCUGGCUGACAGAGGAGACGCUGCUGCGUGGCUUUGACGUGGGCUUCUCAGGGCAGCUGCGGUGCCUGGUGCAGCACACGCUGGGCCUGCUGCGGCCACACGUGGCCCUGCUGCGCAUCCAGCAGGGGGACUUGCUGGUAGUUCCGCGCCCUGGCCCAGGCCUCACGGCCCUGGCACGCCUGAGCGCCGAGCUGCUGCCCACUUUCCUGAGCGAGGCUGUGGGUGCCUGUGCUGUGCGAGGGCUGCUGGCAGGCAAGGUGCCGCCCGAGGGCCCCUGGGAGCUGCAGGGCAUCGAGCUGCUGAGCCAGAAGGAGCUGCACUGCCAGAUCCUGCUGCUGCUGCACUUGCUGCCACAGGACCUGCUGCUGCUGCAGCCCUGCCAGUCUUCCUACUGCUACUGUCAGGAGGUGCUGGACCGGCUCAUCCAGUGUGGACUCCUCGUGGCUGAGGAGACCCCAGGCUCCCAGCCAGCCUGUGACACGGGGAGGCAGCGUUUGAGUGCGAGACUGCUGUGGAGACUGAGCGGGGACUUCACCGACAGCGACAGCGACGACUUUGAGGAGGCGGAGGGCCGCUACUUCAGGCUCAGCCAGCAGUCGCGCUGCCCCGACUUCUUUCUCUUCCUCUGCCGCCUGCUCAGCCCAGUGCUGAAGGCUUUUGCGCAGGCCGCCGCCUUCCUCCAUCAGGGACGGCUCCCAGAUACUGAGUCCGGCUACGCUGAGCAGCUGUUCCAGUUCUUACGGGCCACAGCCCAGGAGGAAGGGCUCUUCGAGUGUGCGGACCCAAAUCUUGCCAUCAGUGCCAUCUGGACCUUCAGAGACUUGGGGGUGCUGCAGCAGAUGCCUGGCCCUGCAGGCCCCCUGCUCCACCUGUCCCCGGCCUUUGCCAGCCGGGACAGCCAGGAAAGGCUGCAACGGUUCAUCCAGCAGUUCAUCUGCAGCUAGAGCCGUGGGGAGGGGCCCGAGUCGAGCCUUUUCAGCCCUGGACCGCAGCCCUGCCUUGGGGAGAAGACUUGCUAGCUGGACCGUCACGUCUUUGCGGCUUGACUGUGCCUUGCUUUCUGCACCCUUUGCCGCAAUAAACUAGAGGACUGGGCGAGCCCUCUGUGCCCAGGC